AUGGCGGUCGACAAGAAAGAGAAAGCGCAAGUGCAUAAACUGGCCCUGCGAGGCUCCUCGAAGACGGUAGCCGAAUUCUUUGAAUACUCCAUCAAUACAAUCUUGUUCCAGAGAGGCGUCUAUCCGGCUGAAGACUUUACACCUAUCAAGAAAUAUGGGCUCAACAUGCUUGUUUCCUCGGACGAUCAAGUCAAAGCCUACAUCAAAAAGAUCAUCUCACAGCUGAACAAAUGGAUGAUUGGGGGGAAGAUCUCAAGAUUAGUGGUCGUCAUCACUAGCAAAGAGACCGGGGAAUACAUCGAGCGAUGGCAGUUCGAUGUGCAGCUCUUGGGCAAGUCGUCAAAAAAUCGGUCUUCGAAGAAGGCCCCAGACAAGGAGAACGCCACCCCACAAGAGACGGCAAGUCCGGAACCAGAGCCAGAAAAGACGGAGGCACAGAUUCAAGAAGAGAUCCAGGCCAUCUUCCGACAGAUCACGGCGUCGGUCACUUUCUUGCCUGUCCUGGAUGGAAAUUGCACAUUUAACGUGCUGGUCUAUGCGGAUGCCGAUUCGGAUGUGCCUAUCGAGUGGGGAGACAGUGAUGCGAAGGAGAUCAAGGAUGGAGAGAAGGUCCAGCUGCGCAGUUUCAGCACCAGUAACCACAAGGUGGACACGAUGGUUAGUUAUCGUUUGGCCGACUAG